UUUGUUUAAAAUGUAAGGGUGCAUAUUUUUGAUUUCUCAAAGAAAACAUUUAAAGUCUUAUUAGUGUUGUAAAUAGAAAUGAGAAGUUUUAACUGAAGUGUGAAUGUGUAGACAAGAAGAUAAACAGCAGAAUCAUUCCCAGUCAAAGUUUCAGACACAAAGCAAUGAGGAGCAGCCUGGAGCAACACAUUUGAUCUUCAGUGGCUUUACAAAGGACCAAGUGAUGGCAGAACUGAAGCCAUAUGCCUCAAAAGAGAAAGGUACAGCAAAGCUCUUCAGAAUGCUAUUCAAUAUAGAAGAGAUUAAAGGCCGCUCAUUGUUUGGUAUGAGGAAAGGGAACAGAGAGUCUGACGCCAGACCUUCUUGUGCAGACAAGGCAAAACUUAAGUUCUUGGAAGAUUGUGCGCUCGAAAAGUUGCCGACAACCUAAAGGACUGAACUCAAACCGUCCAGGAAUAGCAAGAUAAACUGAAGAAAAUAAAAGGACUAAUGUUUUGCUAUUUUUUGAGACAAUAUAUAAUUUCAUAUGGAAACAUUAAAAAGGAUUAUUUUUAAAAUUUGUUUGUUUCCAAUUCAGGGUACAGGGUGACUUUCAAGCAGUUUCCAGCUAUUGCCACCCACAAGGUGGAAAAUUUCUGAAAGGGUGAAAAUAGGUGGCAUUUAGUGGAAACUGAAUUUGCCACUAUCUGGUGGCAAAAUGGUGGAAAAGUGUCUAAAUACUCCACCAAUUUUCCACCCUUAUGGUGGCAAAAGGUGGAAAUAAGUGGCAUUUGGUGGAAAAUAAGUUUGCCACUCAAUGGUGGCAUAAUGGUGGAAAUUUGUCUAAAUACUCCACCAAUUUUCCACCAUUUAUAUGGUGGCA